GAAAAAGUCAAUAAUUUUAGUAAGUAAUAUUUAAAUAUGGAAAGAAAUGAAAAAUAUAAAACUCUUAAAGUCAGGGAUUAUACAAACCCUAAAUAGAAUAGACCAAUACAAAUCAUUCUAGUAAAGAUUGGGUGUCACAAUUUCAGUAGUAUUGAUUUUGCAAUAUUUUAAUUAAAGUUGAUAUAUUUUAUUAAAAUUUUAGUGAUAUAUUUGAUUAGAGUAGGGAAAAUAAUACAUAAGAGUCAUUGAAAUUGGGAAAUAUUUAACGAAUGUAAGGUAAAUAAAGCAGAACAAAGUAAAAUACUCCCCUUUCAUCCACAUGAUGGCUCUGGACACCGCAAGUUUUUUUGGUUUGUUUGUUUUUAGCAACAAAGGAAUACAGAGAGCUUAUUUUCCUUAGAAAAGAAAAAAGCCACUCCAUUUUUUUUCACACUGCUGAAGCUCAAAAGGUGAGCAAAUACAAAAUUAUAUCAAAUUGGGAGUUAAGUUUCCAAAAGCUAUAUGGUAGUGCAAUAGACAUUUGAAUAUUGCAACGAAUUUGCGAUGGUAUAUUCCCAGAGAAGAGGUGCGGGAUCCCGGCGCCUGCUGCUCUCGCUUCUGCUCCUCGCAGCCUGGGAGGCGGGCAGUGGCCAGGUGCACUAGUCGGUCCCUGAGGAGGCCAAAAAAGGCAUCUUCGUGGGCCACAUCGCCCAGGACUUGGGGCUGGAGCUGGCGGAGCUGGUGCCGCGUCUGUUCCGGGUGGCAUCCAAAGGCCGCGGGGACCUUCUGGAGGUAAAUCUGCAGAGUGGUAUUUUGUUUGUGAAUUCUCAGAUCGAUCGGGAAGAGCUGUGCGGGCGGAGCGCGGAGUGCAGCAUCCACCUGGAGGUGAUCGUGGACCGGCCGCUGCAGGUGUUCCAUGGGGAGGUGGCGGUGAAGGACAUUAAUGACAACCCCCCAAGGUUCUUGCGACAAAAACAAACACUAUUAGAAUCAAGAAUAGCGGAUUCGGGUUUCCCUGGUGGCGCAGUGGUUGAGAGUCCGCCUGCCGAUGCAGGGGACACGGGUUCGUACAAGUUACAAGCUAAUGAAUAUUUUGACUUGGAUGUUAAAACAAAUGAAGAGGAAACAAACUUUUUAGAGCUAGUUUUGAAGAAACCAGUAGGUAGGGAAGAAACGCAAGAACAUCGUUUAUUGCUGAUUGCAAUUGAUGGAAGAAAACCUGAACUAACAGGUACAGUUCAGUCAUUGAUCAAUGUAUUGGAUGCGAAUGAUGAUGCCUCGGAAUUUGAUAAAUCAAUUUAUAAUGUCAGAAUACUGGAAAAUGCACCGAACGGGAUAUUAGUUAUUAAACUGAAUGCCUCAGAUGCAGGUGAGGGCAUUAAUAAGGAAAUAGUGUACCUCUUUAGUAAUCUUGUUCUUGACAACGUAACAUCUAAAUUUGCGAUCAAUCUAAUAGUGGGGAAAUAACAGUUCAGGGAAAGAAAACUGGAUUAUGAAGACUGUAAUUUAUAUGAAAUUAAUAUUGAUGCCGUUGAUAAAAGUCCAUUCCCAUUAAGACACUGCAAAGUAAUAGUGAAAAUCCUGGAUGAGAAUGAUAAUAGCCCAGAGAUGGUCAUAACCUCCUUAUCUCUGCCUGUGCAAGAGGACGCCCCACUGGGCACUGUCAUCGCCCUGAUCAGUCUGUCAGACCACGACUCCGGUGCCGAUGGGCAGGUGACUUGCACCCUGAUGCCUCAUGUCCCCUUCAAGCUGGCGUGCACCUUCAAGAAUUACUAUUCAUUGGUUCUACAUAGCGCCUUGGAUCGCGAGAGUAUGGCGAACUAUGAGGUGGUGGUGACCGCGAGGGACGGGGGCUCGCCUUCUCUGUCGGCCACAGCCAGCGUGUCCGUGGAGGUGGCCGACAUGAACGACAACGCGCCCGCGUUCGCGCACCCCGAGUACACGGUGUUGGUGAAGAACAACCCGCCCGGCUGCCACAUCUUCACGGUGUCGGCUCGGGACGCGGACGCUCAGGAGAACGCGCUGGUGUCCUACUCGCUGGUGGAGCGGAGGGUGGGCGAGCGAGCGCUGUCGAGCUACGUGUCGGUGCACGCGGAGAGCGGCAAGGUGUAUGCGCUGCAGCCGCUGGACCACGAGGAGCUGGAGCUGCUGCAGUUCCAGGUGAGCGCGCGCGACGCGGGCGUGCCACCUCUGGGCAGCAACGUGACGCUGCAGGUGUUUGUGCUGGACGAGAACGACAACGCGCCCGCGUUGCUGCUAUCCGGGCCGGGCGGCGGGGCGGGCGCGCUGAGCCAGCUGGUGGCUCGGUCGGUGGGCGCGGGCCACGUGGUGGCGAAGGUGCGCGCGGUGGACGCGGACUCGGGCUACAACGCGUGGCUGUCGUACGAGCUGCAGCCGGCGGUGGGUGGCGCGCGCAGCCCGUUCCGCGUGGGGCUGUACACGGGCGAGAUCAGCACGACUCGCGCCCUGGACGAGGCGGACGCGUCGCGCCAUCGCCUGCUAGUGCUGGUGAAGGACCACGGCGAGCCGGCGCUGACGGCCACGGCCACCGUGCUGCUGUCGCUGGAGGACAGCGGCCAGGCGCCCAAGGCCUCUUCGCGGGCGUCGACGGGCCCGCUGGCGGAGGCCUCUCUGGUGGAUGUGAACGUGUAGCUGAUCAUCGCCAUCUGCGUGGUGUCCAGCCUGUUGAUGCUCACGCUGCUGCUGUACACGGCGCUGCGGUGCUCGGCGCCGCCCAGCGAGGGCGCGUGCGGGCCCGGGAAGCCCACGCUGGUGUGCUCCAGCGCGGUAGGGAGCUGGUCUUACUCGCAGCAGAGGCGGCAGAGGGUGUGCUCUGGGGAAGGGCCGCCCAAGGAAGAUCUCAUGGCCUUCAGCCCCAGCCUGCCUCAGGGUCCCAUUUCUACGGACACCGUGAGUCUCAAAACUCUUACAGCAAUUUUUCAUAUGUCAUAA